CCGGGGAGCCAGUGGGGAAAUUCCGUUCGCAGGAUAUGUCACGAAAUGUGCAGCCAAGGCAGGAAUCAGGGAGUCAAUCUGGUCGUUUCAGCGGAUGACCAUAAUGGAGGAAAUGGAUCACGACAUUAUCCUUGGGAGGCCAUGAUGCGCAAACGUAGAAAUGAUAGGCAUGCACUUGCACGAUGGCACGUACAUGGUAGGUAUAGAGGAUCCGGUGACCGGCCGGGGAGAGCUCCUCCGACUCCUUGGGACAGGAGGAGACCCUCCGAAGGGGAAGUUAGCAACGUGGUCGCCGUCGUUCGAAGAUAGCGCACGAAAAGGGGCUUUCGCGCGGAUGGAGGGCAUGAGAGAAAGGGUAGAAAUUAUGAUUGAGGAGGCAUUUAAUAAGAAGGAAUGGAUCAAGAUGGGCCUGCCCCAGAAGAAGAGGAAGCAAGAGGACGAAGUCUUAGGUGUUAUGGUAGCAGAAAAGGAGUCAGAAGUCGAACUCGGUGCCAACUUGCCCAAACAGAAAGAAGUACGCAUGGACGUGCCGGAAGUCGCACUCGAGAUCCCGGAUUUGUUACAGCUCAUCAAGGCCCUCAGAUACCAAAAGGGGUAUUGUCUGAAUGGAAAAUUAGUUAGUAUUCAACUACGGGUCGUAGAGGCGACGAGGGCAAUCCCGACCGUUCAUUUUUUACGAGAAAGAUCCCGGAAGGAAGUGUUCGAAAGUAUAAGCCGGUUAGAUGAUGAUCCGCGAAUGACCACGGAAGAGUUAAUCGAGGCAAGAUGCCGACAAGUCCUUAAAAACGAAGAAGUCAUGGAAGACAUCGUCCAUCGAGUAUUGGACAGCAGAAUGAGGGACAAAGCAAGUGGCAUCCGGCUGUGGGCCGAAGCGGUAACUGCUGGUUCCGAUCUUAGGGCUGCAGCAGUUGCAGAGUUUCCUGCCUCGUUGCUGAUUACAGCAGCAGCGGAAUUUGCACCUGCCGCAGUUCCAGAGGGGUUCUCCAUCACACUCAAGGAAGCAACAAAAGUCGAUACGGUAAGAGGGGCAAGAUUAGUCUCAAUCGCAGCUCUGGAACCAAGGGGUAGAGGAAGAGGGGGGACAGUCGGAGGGGGGAACGCCAGAGGGAGCGCAGCCAUCGCCACUUGGUCGGCCGAGGAUCCUCGGCGGUUGACGAGUAUCGAACACUUCGGUGAGAAGCGAGGGAUGCGUCGCACGCGGGGAAAAGCAAGGCGCGAUGAUCCCCUGGGAACCACGAGGGAUCGAACGCGAGCUCUCGAGGGGAAUGGCUGGGGCACCGCGACUGUACGGAGAGCCGCGAUCGAGCUGGAUGAUGGGCAACGCGAUGAGCCAAGGGGGAAGCACCGAAAGCGGGGCUCGGUGCUUGCCGAGGCUAUUGGCAUAUUCGGGGCGACCUUUUUUUGGCGUCAAGACCUUCAGCAUGGCAAGGGCGGAAUACGGGGGGAGGCGCAUGACGAGGAUCGGACAGGAGCGGGAGCGGAGAGGUACAUGCGAUUCCACUCUGAGAAGACUCUGGAGCUUCUUCCAGGCGCUGAGCACACACACGUGUUGACCUUGGACUCUCACAUCACGAGCAAUUGUAGGCUGCGAGCAAUCAUCAAGGCCGGGCUCAACCACAUUCCGCUGAGGGCAUUCGACGUCGACGAAGCCCUUUUCGAGCUCAAUGGACUUUUGGACAGACUCAUCAUGGCAUUGUAUGACAUAGCAAGCAUGGGAGAACAUCAGAGGCGGAGGCUCAGGCAGAUUGUCUUGGACAGGGCGAAGUGCAAGAUGGACGGAUACAUUUGCAGGCACAGGUUCAUCACGGCGGAACCAAUUGACCAAAAGAGCACGAGGAGGGAGAUAGAUUUCCUCACCGAAAGGUUCCUAGUAUCCCCUACGGACAAGUCCGCUAACACCCCCUCCUUUGUCUGCACGAACUUUAUCCGCACACUUGCGCUACGAAGGCUGCUGGGGCCGGACUUCGUCAUGCAACAGGAGGACCCGCAACAGAUCAUCUCGACGAUUAAGGCAAGCCUGACUCACCUUCCCGUGCUGCCUAUUGCACACGACGUGCUUCCUUACCUGAUGUCAGUCUACAAAGCGCACAAGCAGUCGUUUCGUUGGAUAACGAAUACUGCUAACACGGUAAUGUCACCCAUGGCGGACCUUUGUGCCUGCCUGCUCCGCUUUCUGACACCGUCGGUCCAGUCUUUUUGCGCAGAAAAAAGCAGGACCCUGGAAGUGGAGUACGGUGUGAAACCCAAUCUAUGGUGGCCUAUCACAUCGGUGGGAGAAUUUGCGGCGAACUUACCGCAGUCUACCUACACAGUCUACACGGUCGACAUCACGAGGUGUUUCGAGACCAUCCCCACGGAUGGCUCUCAGCACAGCCUGAUGUUGGCGGUUAAAUUCUUCGUGCAUUUAGCACUAAUCUACCGCAGAGACAGGAGUCCAAGGGACGUCAUCAAGGUAAGGAUCACUGCACGAGGGAGAAUGAUCCCAUCUUGGAUUGAAGCGCGAUUGGAGAACUCGGCAGAAGAGCUGUUCUUCUCGGAGGAUGAAGUUAAUGAUGUCUCACGAUCGUGCUUGGAUCAUAGUUUGAUUCAGAUGCUGGGCGGGAGGUAUGACUACCAGCCCAGCAGGGUCAACCGCGAGCUGGUCCACGUGGACUAACGAUGUUUAUGCGUCUGUGGUUGUGAGUGACGUGUGUGGGUCCCGGGGGGCGUCUGGCUGCAAGGCCGGUUGCCCCCCGUGGCUUCCGGCCUUGCCCCCGGACCUGCCUCCCUGGAGGGAAAGGGGUGGGUCACACACACACACACACACACACGCAUACAGGAUCAGGAGGGGAUAGCUGAGGAAGGUGGGGGAGCCAAGGGAAAUGAACCAGGCCCCAAAUG